AUGGGGAGAAGGAAAUCAAUUAGGCUUUCAAAUAUGGCAACAGAAGACUUGAAUGAUGAUGAUCGAAUAAGUCGUCUUCAUGAUGAUCUUAUUCAUCAUAUCUAUUCAUUCAUGGACACUCGAUUUGCAGUUCAAACUAGUCUUUUAUCAAGAAGAUGGAGAGAAACAUGGAAAUCCUACCCUUUUCUCAACUUCAAGAUCGAACGCCCAAUUGAUCACAAAACAGGUAUCAAAUUCCCCAAUUUCAUCCACCGAUUUUUCUCAGAUCGUGAUCACAAAGCAGAAAUUACCACAAUCGACUUCCAAUCAAAUUCCAUCAAGCUUUCACUUCUCAAAGAAACAAUAAUCUAUGCAAUGUCACACAAAACCCAAAAGGUAAACAUUGAGUUCUUGAGUGAUAAACUAACCAGACGUGGUGGUUUGGAUAUAUCUUUAUUUAGAUCUCAAUUCCUUCAAGAUCUUCAUUUGAGUAUCGAUUUUGAGCUCUUGAAAUCUCCAUCUUUGACUUGGGAUUUACCUUCUUUGACUAGCUUGAAUCUUGAAGGUGUUACAUUUACACUUAAUCCUCUUCCUAAUGAUAGUAAGUGUAAAUCCAUUGAGUUGUUUUCCCGUUUUCCAAAUCUGAAAACUCUUGUUUUAAUUGGUUGUCGAUUAUCAAACAUUGAUACUUUCAUCAUCACAUCAAAUUCAUUACACAAUCUGAGUCUUAUAGAUCUUCAUCACAAUUCUGAGUUUAUACUCACAGCACCAAAUCUCUCAUCUUUCACUUACUAUGGUAUGGCCCGCUUUUCAUUAUCAGUCAAGAAUCUUGAUUCAUUACAAACAGUAAACUUUCACACAAUAUAUUAUAGAGCUCUUCAGAAGCAACCAGAGCUUGUUGAAUUGAUGAUCAAGGCUUUCAAACAGCUUCAUAAGGCGAAGUUUCUUGCUAUAAAUUCAGAUGUUGUGAGGUUUCUUUCGGGGUUCCCUCAAGUACUUGAAACAAGAUGCCCUUUUAGGAGUUUGACAAGUUUGACUUUGGUUGAACAUCGGUUGCCUCCUUCAUCGAUUGUGUUUUCUGAUGUUAUUGAUUAUUUUCGUAGCAGUUCUCCAGGUGUUAAAGUUAAUGUUGAAAUUGGUGUAGCAGCUUCAUGUUCAGUUAAUGAAGUUGUUCUGGUUUACAACACCCUUUGGUUUGGAGUUUGA